AUGAGGAGACCAGGCGCCCACGCUCACCUCGCCGGCACCGCCGCGCUCUUCCUGCUGGCGGCAGCCAUCCCCGUGAAGACAACUGCUGUGGUGCCAUCGGAGGGUGAUGCCCUUCUGGCAUGGAAGGUCAGCCUCCUCAAGGCAGCCGCACUCUCUAACUGGACCAGUGCCGCGCCGGUCUGUGACUGGGUCGGCGUGUUCUGCGAUACCGCGGGACGCGUCGAGACGCUAAGGCUCGAGAGACUCGGUCUCUCGGGCGGGCUCGAUACACUCAACACCACGGUGCUCCCGGCGCUCGCCGUUCUGAACCUCUGGGGGAACAACCUCCGCGGGGCCAUCCCGGCGAGCAUCUCGCUGUUGCGCUCACUCAAAUCACUCAACCUCAGCAGCAACCGUUUCAACAGCUCCAUUCCACCGCAGCUUGGUGACAUGCCCGGCCUCCAGUCCCUCAGCCUCCGCAAUAACAGACUCGUCGGUGACAUCCCGCACCAACUCUGUAGGCUCCUUUCUGUGAGGAAAAUUGACCUGUUAAACAACCGGCUCACUGGGAACCUCCCGGACUGCUGGUGCAAAUUCCAGGCUCUGUGGUAUAUCAACUUGUCAAAAAACCGACUCACAGGGGAUCUACCGCAGUGCUGGUGCAAACUCCAGGCUCUGCGAUACAUCGACCUAUCAAAAAACCGGCUCACUGGGAACCUCCCGGACUGUUGGUGGAAUCUGCAGGCUCUGCAGCUCAUGGACCUGUCCAGGAACUCCUUCUCAGGUGAAAUCCCCAUGACUAAGGCAAGUCACAACUGCUCUCUCAUGUACCUAAAUCUCGCCAAAAAUGCCUUUGCUGGGACCUUCCCACACCUAGAGGGAUGCAGCUCGCUGAUCGCCCUCAUUCUUGGCAACAAUAGGUUCCACGGCUCCAUCCCACCACAGAUCGGCAACAUGCAAAACCUCGUCAGCCUCCAACUCUACAAAAACAACCUCAUCGGUGACAUCCCGCACCAGCUCUGCGAGCUACUUUCCGUCAGGAUACUCGAUCUAUCAGACAACAAGCUUACUGGGGACCUCCCAGCGUGCUGGUGCAAUCUCCAGGCUCUGUGGUACAUGAAGCUGUCCAAAAACCUGCUAACUGGGAAACUCCCGGGCUGCUGGUGGAACCUGGAGGCUCUAGAGUUCAUGGACCUGUCCGACAACUCCUUCUUAGGUGAGAUCCCUCUGGCUAAGGCAAGACACAACUGCUCUCUCAAGUCAUUGUACCUUUCCGAAAAUGGCUUUGUUGGUGUCUUCCCACAGGUCCUAAGAGCCUGCAACUCGCUGGUCACCCUAGACAUUGGGAACAAUAGGUUCUUUGGUGUCCUCCCUCCAUGGAUUGUGAUUUGGGUUCAAUCAAUGAAAAUCCUUAGCCUCAGAUCAAACAACUUCACCGGAGAAUUUCCUUUGGAGCUAUCACAACUUUCUCAGCUUCAGUUGCUCGACAUGGCAAACAAUAGCUUCAUUGGAGCAAUUCCGGUAGCCUUCGGAAACUUGACCUCCAUGAGGCGUCCACAUAAUAUGUCAACUCUGAGACCGCUCGGCGGAUUAAAAUAUUGGGAUAAGAUCAAAAUAAACUGGAAGGGGCAAGAGCGAACUUUCAACAGAACACUAGAGUUAAUAAGUGGUAUUGAUGUGUCGGACAAUUUGUUGUCUCGGUGCAUCCCUGAAGAGCUAACCAAACUUCAGGGCAUCCAGUUCCUGAAUCUAUCAAGAAAUCACCUGUCAUGCAGCAUUCCUGAAGACAUUGGCAGUUUGACUUUUCUCGAGUCCCUUGAUGUGUCAUCUAAUGGACUUACAGGAGAAAUUCCUCCCAGCAUGUCGAGCUUAUCAUGGCUAAAUUCGUUGAAUGUCUCGAACAAUCUUUUGUCGGGCAAGAUACCCAAUGGGAGUCAGAUGCAAACCCUGACUGACCCAUCAAUUUACUCCAAUAAUUCUGGGCUCUGUGGAUUUCCUCUCGACAUGUGUGCAAAUACUUUGCUUUCACCAAAUGAGAGAAAUUGCGAAGUUGAGGAUCAGUGGUUGUGCUAUUGGGUGAUCGCUGGGAUUGUGUUUGGUUUCUGGCUAUGGUUUGGUAUGCUCUUUAGAGUUAAGGCUUGGAGAUGUGCUUUUCUCUUCUUUGUGGAUGGUGUGCAAUGUAAGAUUAUGAAGAAGGUGUCACGUUAG